AUGCUCGAAAACAGCAUCUGGCAUGCUUUCACCAGUCUGGACAGUGAUCAGCAUGGAAACGUGACCAAGUCAAGGCUGAAGGUGCUGACACAGAACCUGGGCACGCUGCUGGACCUCGCCGACCAGAAGGUGGAGGCAGGCAUCAGCGAGUUUCGCAGCACGCCGACGCUGACGUUCGAGCACUACAAGUACUACUUGACACACGAGGUGUUCUCGCGGCUGCCGGCCGACCUGACGCCGGACCAGCUGCGCGUCUACCACGAGGCCGUCGAGGACACGUGCUGGGUGUUGUACCGCCCGACGGCCAUGAAGCGCGACAUGCCCACGCUGCCCGAGGAAUGCGUGCGCCAGCUGUUCCGCGUCUUUUGCUGUCUUGGUGAGCUCAUGUCCGACCCCGACCUGGCCGUGCAGGUGGUCAUGAACGCCGGGGAGGUCGACUUCGUGGCCAGCAAGUUUGUGCAGGCGCUGGGUCGCGUUUGGGACUCGGCCGAUUUCCAGCAGCUGGCCGAGAUCAUCCACCACUUUAAGUUCACCAUCUUCCUCGCCUUCCUGGAGACACGUUACACGCAGGACAUGGAGACGGAGGCGUUGCGCGAGGCCAUCGACGACGUUUACGACGUGGUCGUCGAGGACGUGGUGAAGAAGGGCCCGCUGCAGCGGCGCGCCGACUGCGUACGCGGCUUCCGGCCGCUUUGGUGCGUGCUGACGCCGCGCGACCUGCGCUGCUACCGACGGCGCGACGACGCGCGGCCGCAGCUGCGGCUGCCGCUCAGUCCGCAGACCCAGGUGGUCAACCUGAUCGAGCAGAGCGGCGUGCGGCCCAACCGGUUCUCCGUGUCGGCUGACGGUGCUGCGCUGGAGCUGGCCGCGCCCGACUACAAGACCAAGUUCCAGUGGCUGUCGGCGCUGGAGACGGCCGUCUCGUUCUCGGGCUCGCCUCAGGGUUGCCAGCGGCACCUGGCGGCGGCGCGUCGCGCCGAGUGGCACCAGACGGAGGCGCGCCAACACGAGGACGACCGGCGCCGCCUCAGCCAGAUCAACAUCAUGGACAGCACCAAGGCCGAGCUGGAGAAGGCCGAGGAGGAGCGCAAGCUGGCCGAACUGGAGGAAACUCGCCUGGAGUUGGAGCGGCUGCUGCAGGAGGAGAAGCAGGCCAAGCGCGACGAGGAGCUGGUGCGCAGCGCGCAGAGUCGCGUGCUCCGCCAGGAGUGGGAGAAGCGCGAGGACCUGGAGCGGCUGCAGCGCCAGAAGCGCGAGGCGUUCGAGGUGCUGCAGAAAAGCAAGCAGCGCCAGCUGGAAGAGGCGCAGCUGCGCCUGCGAGAGGUCGAGGAGGGUCGUGUCAAGCUCGACCGAGAGCUCAAGGCGGCCCGUUGCAAGCUGAUCACGGCCGAGCGCACCAAGGGCCAGGUGGAGUCAAAGCUGCGCGUGCGCGAGCGCGAGGUGUCGCUGCGCCAGUCGGCGGUGCCGCCGGGCGAGCUCGCCCUAGGUCACGUCUGGCGGGGUUGUCACGCCGACGGUCGCGUCGGUGUGGCGGCUGGCUUCGCGGACGUGGCCUGA